GAAUGGACACAUGGGAGGUGUCGCUCAUGUGCACUUGCUCUUAUUGUUUCUUACUACUAGGUAUUCUUUGUUUCCAUUUUAAAUAGGUGAAGGACCGCUGUUUGUGACCAUGCAGAGGUUGUUCUCUGUGACUGUGAGAAGGCUUUCUACCGUCAGUUCCUCUCUGCCCUGCUGUUGUUUGACAGGACAGGGGGGACUCGGCAAUGCUAGUGGGGUUAUGACGAAGAGCUCAUCUGCCGUCUGUGGAAGGAAAACAAACUGGUCAUCUGUGCGUGAUGUUGGUUGGAUGGCAAGACAACGGUUUUACUGUGCUGCCCGUGGUAGGCAGGGGACGGCUGGGAGGUCCUCGGAGAGGUACGCUUGGAUUGAACCCCAGGUGGAGGAGGAGUUUGUGUUUCUGGAUCUCUCAGAACCAGCUGACGCCAAGGCUAUGGAGGUCCCCACGGGGCCCCCUGCACAGGUUGAUCCUGUGAUGACUGUGGAGAGACAGAUGGAGAGAAGGGUCCCAAAGAAAUCCAGCACUGAGAUGGCGCACAGGGUGCUGGAGCUGCAGGUCGAGUCCAUCAGGGAGGUACUGGCAGAAGAGCCUGACAUUGAAUUCCACGAUUCGGGGUACACGUCUGUCAGGAAAGCCGGCGCUCGCGUGCCGCACAGGGUGUACGGCACCCCUGACACGGAGGUCCCCUUCAGCUCCACCUGCUGCUCUGGAUGUGGUGCAGUGAUGCACUGUGUAGACCCUCAUCUGCCCGGGUAUCUCCCCAGCGAGAAGUACAAAUCUUUAACAGAGGAAGGCACUCUGCAUAAGGCGAUCUGUCAACGCUGCUACCUACUAGUGCAUCACCAGAAGGCCCUCAGCAUCCAGAUGUCAAAAGAGGAGUAUCGUAAUAUUGUCAAAGGGAUACACAACAAGAAGGCUUUGGUCCUCUUCAUUGUGGACCUCCUGGAUGUUCCAGAUUCCAUCAUUCCGGACCUGCUAGAUUUGGUGGGAAAAAACAAACACAUAGUAGUGUUGGGGAAUAAAAUAGACUUGCUGCCUGGAGAUUCCAGCAGCUAUUUAAAGCGAAUUAAAAGUCAGCUCUUGCAGUACUGCACGGAUGUGGGCAUUUCCCCCAGCAGUGGCAUCAAAGACGUUCACCUCAUGAGUGCCAAAACGGGCUACGGCAUCGAGAAUCUCAUCUCAAGCCUCCAGUCCUCCUGGAGGUACAAAGGGGACGUGUAUUUGGUGGGAACAGCGAAUGCAGGGAAAUCCACGCUGUUCAACACUUUAUUGGAAUCGGACUAUUGCAAAUCCAAAGCCUCGGAUGUGAUCCACAAAGCCACAAUAUCACCGUGGCCAGGAACCACGCUGAACCUGCUGAAAUUUCCCAUCAUCAACCCCACACCCCACCGAAUGUUCCGGAGGCAGGAGAGGCUGCAGAGUAUCGCUUCUCAGACAGAGGAGGGCAUGAGCCCUGAGGAGCUGAACAGGAUUCGGCGCAACAGCAAGCAGGGAUACUUAGUUGGUCACGUAGGCAGAACCUUCCGGCAGGAUACUCAGCUACGCAGGAUUUCAGACGUGGUGGAUUUUGAUCCGGAUGAGCUCAGUUUUGAAGCAAAGGAAGAAGGUGAGGAAAACAGGAGGAGGAGGCAUUCCAAGCCAGAUGAAACGGUGGAGUUCACCUAUAACGAGCUUAAAGAUGCCCACUGGCUCCAUGACACACCAGGCAUCAUGAAGGAGCACGAUAUCCUCAGUCUCCUGACAGAACAGGAGCUCAAGAUGGUGGUGCCAAACAAUGCUAUUGUGCCAAGGACCUUUGUGCUGAAGCCUGGCAUGGUGCUCUUCCUGGGAGCUCUGGGAAGGAUUGAUUACCUGGAGGGGGAGAGGUCCUGUUGGUUUUCAGUCGUUGUCUCCAAUCUCAUCCCAGUGCACAUCACCAGUCUGGACAAAGCUGAUGAGAUCUAUAGCAAGCAUGCUGGGAAAACUCUGCUAAGGGUGCCAUCCGGUGGGGAGGAACGGAUGAAGGAUUUCCCACCGCUCAUUCCACAAGACUUUGAGCUAAAUGGUCUUGGAGAUUAUGAAGCUGUGGCUGAUGUCAAGUUCUCCUCUGCAGGCUGGGUGGCAGUGACCGCCCAGGAUGGCAGCCAGCUCCGCAUCCGGGUCCAUGCACCCCAGGGGGCGGGGCUCUCGCUCAGAGUGCCCCCGUUGCUCCCUCACAUCAUUAACGUGAAAGGAGAACGCAUCCGCAAGAGUCCAGCCUACAAGCCAAAGAGACCCCCAGCCCUGGUGGACAAUAGCUUGUCUGUGAAGGGGGCACAGCGGCUAAAUCUUAGGAAGCGCAAGUAGCUACUCGUUGGUUUCAACCUGAAACGAAGCCAGUGCUUUUCACACCUCCGGUUCUCACCACCUUGAGCGAUGUCAAACUAGCACCUGGCCAGCGUUCUACAAGUGGUUCUAAUAAUUAACAUGGUUGUUACCUCCAGUGUGAACUGUUGCCUGGCGAGACAUUGUGGCCGCUUAAGGGUGAAAGUGCCAUGUAAUCGCUGCAAUCACUUGUUGCAGGAAGGAAUGUUUACUACAUGACCAUAGACACCCUUGGGUUUUUAGGUUAAGACGUUCUUUUGCAUCUGUGAAAAUAAAUUCCAAGGUUUGAUAAUAUCUGAGGAUAUUUAAUUUGCUGUGGAAGUAUUUUGAAGACCUACACAGGAAUCUGUAGAAAAAUGCACUCUGAUGAAUCCAUUGUAAUGUGUGCAGGUAGAAGUGCAGUAUUUCAUAAAUCUAGGACUAAAUUAAAAGACAGCUAGCUGUCUGUGACAGGAAAACCAGUUCACAUUAAUUUGAAUUUGACAGAAUAGCAAUAUUUAUACAAAAUCACAUCUAGGCGAAUGC